GAACUAAACCUAGAUUUUGUGUAUGUUGAGACAUACAUAAUAAUCUCAAACAAGAAAUUAUUAAGGUGGGGAGAAUAAAAAAGGGAAAAUAGGCGGCGGAAAAGGGAGAAGAAACAGUCCCCAGCUGGAAUCAGUUAAUUAAUUAAGCUGAUUCGAUUUGCUUUCUUUUUUCCUUUGAUCCUCAAACCUUAUAUAGCCCACCUGAGUUUCGAAUUCAAAUCCUCCAAAACUGAUAUUUCGCACUGCGCAAAAUCGUAUUUUUACUAUAUAUAAUUCUCAUUUUCCACUGCCGCAAAACUGCUCCGUCUGUUUGUUCUAUUCGAUUCGAAUGUCAAAUUGGCCAAGAAUUAGUUGAUUUCCAUAUAAGCACACGGAAUUUCGAUAGCUAGAUCUGAAUCGAAGUGUUUUUUUCUUUUUUUUUUUUUGUGUGUGUUUUUUGGGGUUUUUUUUAUUGAACUAGGAGAAUGCCACAAGACUCAACGUCGGAACCCGACCCGGACGAAUCCGACACCGAACCCGAUUUCGUUGAGGUUGAUCCCUCCGGUCGAUAUGGUCGGUACAAGGAGGUACUAGGUAAAGGAGCUUUCAAGAAAGUAUAUAGAGCAUUUGAUGAAUGGGAAGGAAUCGAGGUGGCUUGGAAUCAGGUCAAAGUCGGGGAUCUCUUGAGGAACUCUGUGGAUUUGGAGCGGUUGUAUUCUGAAGUGCACUUGCUAAAAACCCUUAAGCACAAAAAUAUUAUCAAAUUCUACAACUCGUGGGUGGAUACAAAGAAUGAGCAUAUCAACUUCAUUACUGAAAUUUUCACAUCCGGGAAUCUGCGACAGUAUAGGAAGAAACAUAAACAUGUUGAUGUGAGGGCAUUGAAGAAAUGGUCUAGACAAAUUCUAGAGGGGCUUUUGUAUCUUCAUAGUCAUGACCCACCAGUUAUUCAUCGUGACUUGAAGUGUGAUAAUAUUUUUGUUAACGGGAACCAAGGGGAGGUGAAGAUUGGUGACCUGGGUCUCGCUGCUAUUCUUGAGCAGGCUCGUGCUGCUCACAGUGUCAUAGGCACGCCGGAAUUCAUGGCACCUGAGCUUUAUGAGGAAGAAUACAAUGAGCUUGUCGAUAUAUAUGCCUUUGGUAUGUGCUUACUGGAGCUUGUGACGCUUGAAUAUCCAUAUGUCGAAUGUGCCAAUGCUGCUCAGAUAUAUAAGAAAGUGACAGCAGGAAUCAAGCCUGCAUCAUUAGAAAAGGUGAAGGAUCCUGGAGUAAGGGCAUUCAUAGAGAAAUGCAUUGCAAAAGUCUCUGACCGGUUAUCAGCCAAAGAACUAUUGAUGGACCCAUUUCUCCAGUCAGACGAGGAUUCUGGGAGUAUAGGUUGUUCGCGACAGCCUCAGUCCUCAAAUGCAGAUGAUUAUGAUAACCAAUUUGACACUGGAAAACCUCCUGAAGAUUCUGUCCUCGAAGGAGGUCUAGAUUUUAUGGUGCAGGGCCAAAGAAAAGACCAUAAUACAAUAUUUUUGAAACUUCGUAUAGCAGAUUCAUCAGGUCAUAUUCGCAACAUUCACUUCCCCUUUGAUAUAGAGGUGGAUACUUCAACCAAUGUUGCUAGUGAAAUGGUGGAAGAGCUGGAUUUGACUGAUCAUGACGUCUCCGUUAUUGCUGCAAUGAUUGAUUCCGAAAUUCGAUCCCAUAUUCCUGAUUGGGCACCAAGAGAACACUUGAAUAACAACAGUUCUGGCGAUAAAGCAAUUACAGGAGAUGCUGGUAGUGUAGCGCAGGAUGAUACUUCACCCGGAGCCACUAAUUCUUCUAAAUCUGGCCCUGUUCUGGAAAGACUUCCAUCGGGACGGAAAUAUUGGUCAAAUUCAUCCAGAGCUAGCAGUGGAAGCUCUCCACUAAGACCUGGCCCAUCUAACUUGUUGCUGCCAGAGUCAGUCAACUCCGGAGAUAGCUGGUUUGAAGAAAAUUUUCAAUCGCCUGGUAGUCAUACAUAUGUAAAAAGUCCCUCUGAUGCUUCCCCUCUCAGAAAUGUGGAUUAUGAUUCCGAUCAUGAUGGAUGUAGAAAACAGGAGCCUGAUUCAGUACCCCAUGAUCCACCCUUUGGUGAUGUCGACCACGGCGUUGACACAUCUGGUGACGGGCCUCUAACAAUGGAAGAAAAUACAGUGCUGAGUGAAAUGGAUUCAAAUGACAUCACAAGUAUUUUCGAAAAGCUUGAGCAUGUACUGGAUGAGCAGCUGAGGGAGCUAGAUGAACUUAAUAAGAAGCAUGAACUGGCUAUUUUGGAUCUUUUAAAGGAAUUUCCCCCGGAGAUUCGUCAGAGAGCUCUUAGCAUUUGUAACAGGAAAAGAUCUGAGCAUAUAUUUCAUGACGAGGUUCGUCAUUCAUCAAGAAAAUCUUUGGAUCAGUCAUCCUUGAUGAUGUUCCAAGAUAUGCCAGAAUGACGUAAAUUUUCAACACUAUCGGGAGAGACAAGAAACAAAGGUCAGUUGUUGAAAGACGCAUGCAUGGACCUAUUUCUGCAUUCUGCUUCAACAGGGUGAUGGAGAGUAUUAGAUCCACUUUUUUAUUGCUGUGAUUCAGAUAAGGUGGUAAAAUCAUAGCUGUAUAUAUGUGCUUGUUACUUGCCGGCCUAAAUAGGAUAAGAGUUGCUUUGAAGUGAGAUUUAAGCUGGAUUGCAACCUUGAGAUUGUCUCAUCCUAUCACAGAUAUAUGUACCUUUUGCACAUUUUUCUACAACCAAUAGGUCCUCCUUUGUUUAAAGUAUACCUGUACAGUUUCAGUUUGGUAUUAACAACACGAAGACUGAUUGUUCCAGAAAGCGCAAGUUUAGGGAACACCUUUGUUACUUUGGUUUUGCAAACUAAAUUUGACAUGGACGGCUAGUUUGGCAUAUGGUACUACUUAUGCUUGAUACCUGAUAGAUUUUGGACAAGAAAAUAUUUGUGUACAGAAUAGA